UGGCCUGGCUGGCCUGGCGCCCCACUCCUCGAGUCCACCUGCAGCCUGCAGCCUCGCUGCAAACAGCGAGGCACGGUACCACCAGCGCCGCGACCAGCUCGACGGGGUCGGAGAUGGAGAUCCCCAAGUCCACGAGCACGGUGCGCGUCGAGGUGUUCUCCAGGUGCACCUGCGACCUGUGUCUGUCAGGGAGAGGACAUGGAGUUGGUCUGUCCCAUGCGGAUGAAGUACGUCUUGAAGAACUGUUCAAGCAAUUAGAUAGAGAUGGCAACGGCAGGAUUGACAUCCAGGAGCUGUCCAACGCGCUCAAAGACUCGGGCGUGCACCACACCUAUGCCAAGAAAUUCAUUGAACACUCCGAUGCCAACAAAAGCGGUGACGUCUGCUUAUCCGAAUUUAUUGAGUAUGUCCGAGAACAUGAGAAGCAUUUGCGGUUGUCGUUUAGUCACAUUGACAAAAAUAAAGAUGGACGCAUUGAUCAAGAUGAACUUGUUCGAGCUUUCAAGGACCUCGGAGUUGAUAUUGAUCACAGGGAGGCUCUUAAACUCCUGCAGCGGAUGGACAGAGAUGGCAGUCUCAACAUCAGCUUCGAUGAGUGGCGUGAUUACUUAAUGUAUGCUCCGAGCACCAACAUCCAUGACCUCAUCAAAUACUGGCGCCACUCCACUUACCUGGACAUCGGGGAAGACAUGAACGUCCCCGAUGACUUCACCCAGAACGAAAUGGUGACGGGUAUGUGGUGGCGCCACCUGGUGGCUGGAGGCGUUGCUGGCGCGGUGUCCCGAACUUGCACGGCGCCGCUCGACAGACUCAAAGUGUACCUGCAGGUCCAUGGAACCAAGUCAACCAGUAUUAAAACAUGUCUUCAAAGCAUGUUGCAUGAAGGUGGAUUCUGGAGUCUUUGGAGGGGAAAUGGCAUUAAUGUACUCAAAAUCGCUCCAGAAUCUGCUAUUAAAUUCAUGGCAUACGAGCAAGCUAAAUGUGUUAUUCGUGGAACUCAGGCAAGAGAGCUCACAAUUUAUGAGCGUUUUUGUGCUGGUUCUCUUGCUGGUGGUGUUAGUCAAACUAUCAUAUAUCCUCUAGAGGUGAUGAAAACUAGGCUUGCAUUGCGCAAAACAGGACAGUACAAGAGCAUAGUAGAUGCAGCUAGGAAAAUAUAUUUACACGAAGGCCCUAAAAGCUUCUACAGAGGCUAUGUUCCGAAUUUGCUGGGUAUUAUUCCUUAUGCUGGUAUUGAUCUGGCUGUGUAUGAAACACUGAAAAAUUCUUAUCUCCGAAAACAUUCAUCCAACGAGUCACCCUCUGUUUUUCUCCUUCUGGCUUGUGGAACAAUUUCAAGUACUACUGGUCAAGUUUGCAGCUAUCCACUAGCAUUAGUUCGCACACGUUUACAAGCACAAGUAAUCACUGCCCAGCCGGGUGGAACCAUUGCUGCACACCCCAGCACCAUGACAUCACUCAUCAGAGAAAUCUUCAGAAAUGAGGGUGUCUCAGGACUAUACCGUGGCCUCACUCCAAACUUCAUGAAGGUUGCCCCGGCUGUUGCAAUUAGUUAUGCUACAUAUGAAAGAUGCAGGGAAACGUUGGGUGUGAACAUGACGUGAUGGUGUUUUUUAUUAAUCUUAGAAAAUGAUUAAUUGAAAGAACUCCAUGUGAAGGGUAGGGCAGAUAGCUGUAUGUUGUGUGAGUUACUGGCAGGCCAGCUCACAUACCUACCAGCACUCAGUGUGGGCAGCCACCCACUUUAACUUAAUUUAUAUUUAUUUUUGUGAUGUGAAAUGGUCAGGGUGUAAGUCAUCAAGCACUGCUGAGAUCCCCAGUCCCAAUCCCCGGCUUUCAUAUUUCUUUGUUUGUUUUUUCAAGCUCUUGAGUAUUCCUUUUUACUCUUGAAAAACUUGCAAUGUCAACAUUGGUUAGCACUUUUUACUCUGCUUUCCUUCUUUUUAUUAAUUUGACUAUGUGUUCCAAUUGUUCUACAGUUUAAUUGGAGCAGUGUUUGUGUUGUUUCCCCACAUCAGUAAACAGAAAUUUAGGAGAAAAUUGUGAUAGAAGUUUCUGUAGAGAAUACUCUCUCAGCAGUGGACUUGACUAAUUUAGAUAUGUAUAAGCAGCUGUGAUUUCAUUACUUUUAAGAUUUCCCAGUGGUAUUAGGACAAAGUGUGUAUGGUUUCUCUUCUGUGUCUCUUAUUUUCCAUUGCUUCUCUUGUCUUAGUCAUCAAUCUUGAAAACUUUCACUAUCUUUGCUUACCAGAAUAAAGUACUUCAAAAAACUCUGUAUCUCUGUUAUUAAAUUAUAUGGUUAAACUCCAUUCACAUCUGCAAAUUUUUAAAUUUGACUGAUAGUUUCAUAGACCAGAAUACUGUACUGAAGCAAAUGGAAGAUUCGAAGUCACCAUUAGAUAGGAAUGCUGGUGUUUGAAUAUUGUUGUGUCAUUAUUUAGCUGUGAUUUUGCUUAACUUGCCAGUAAUUUUAAGGGAAAGUGUGAAUUCCAUAUGAACUGGGAUGUCAAGGAAAUGUUUCACUGAAAUGAUAUUUGUUGAUUUGUCCCAAUUGUUAUUGUUACUAGAGGCAUAUUCAAACCUCUUACAACUACCAUAUUUUUAUCUGGAAAUAGCUUGGGUUGCGCAAGUGUCUUAAUUUUAGCUUGGUUCAAGUUAAUGAAUAGACUUUUCCCCUUCUUGGUGUUUGUAUUUCCCCAAGAUUGAAAGCAGAAGUGUAACAAUAUUGCUUCCUACCAGAUGGUUAGCUUUAUUAGUUAAUUCAGUAUUUGCAGGCGAAUACUGUGUUCCUUUUGGUUUGGCCCAUGUGCAAAAAGCGCCACCAAAUACUCUUAACUUAAAUGAUAAACAGGAAAAACUAAAUAUUUUUCCCACAUAAUUUCUUUUUCAGCUCUAUGCUGGUGUUUCUCUUAUAGUAUUCACUCACAAUUUUCCUUCUUUAGGGUUAAGCAGACAAAUAAAUGCUCAGAUCUCUUUUUAAGCAUUUUGUAAUCUCUUGUCUGAAAUUUUUCCUUCAGUAGAAAAUGGAUGUUUAACUUUUCAGGAUUUAUAUUUUGAACUGUGUAUAUAGAUAGCCAUACCAUUGUAUGUAAACUCUUGUUUUGAAGUGUUACUUGUAAAUUACAGAUUUUUCACCUUUUAGAAAGUUAAACCUGUUUUUUUGUUCCCAUUUCCUUACACUUUUUUGCUUCUUUCAUCUUAUGUAUUUCUAAAUAGUAGCUUUUUUUUCAAUACAUAUUCCAGCUGCAAAGACUGAUUUUUAUGGCUGAAUCACUAUUCUAUGUUAUACAUUCCCAUCAAAAGCCCUGUAGAUUAUUUUCAAAGAAUUAUAAUAAUAUUUCAUGAACAUAAUUAACGGAUAUGAGGCAAGUAUCAAAGGCUUGCAGUUGUGAAUGCAUGAUGUAUAAAUACCGUCCAUGUGAAAAAAAUUCAAUCUCUGGAACUAUGUGCUAGCCAGCCUUUGCUUAAAAAUUUCACUUUUGGUACAGAAGCAGGAUUCAUUGAACAUACCACCUUACAACAAAGAGGUGCAAAUGAACUAGCUUGAGCAUUAAACUGAUCUAGUAUGUGAGUGUUCUCUCUCUCUCAUGUAUCAUUGUCUUCCAAUCUUUAAUGACAUGUAGGUCAAUUUAAUCUAUUUUCAUGAUAUUCUAUCUAGGGUUUGGAAAUGUGCUUCCAAAAUGGAAAUGUCUUUCCCUUGUUUAGCCAGAGAUAAAUUCCAAUCCUCUACCAGCUACACCAAACGUGUUAUUCCAUAAGUAUAAGUAUUUUUCUUGUCUACUGCUUAUGUAACAGCACAGAUUAAAAUUAGGACACAACAAUUUGUUGGAAUGGUGCAUUAAAUAGGGUCCUUGUUGUUAUGGCUACACAUUAAAUUUAUUGUAUGGUUA